AUGAUGUCCGCUUUGGCCGCGCUGCUCCUAUGGACUUCGGCACAUGUCGCCAUCUCUGUAAGAGCGGAUGGGCUUGAAGCCCUGCAAGCCAUAGACCACAAGAGGAAUAGCCAUGUUUAUAUCAAGACCCGAGCUCUUGAACACGAGGUUGGGGUGGAAAACGCAAGUGCUGCUCCAAGCGAUGGUGAGCGGAUGGCAGUUAAGUUGACAACAUCUCUGAUCAUCAUCUUUUUCCUAGGUGUCUGUGGAUAUUUUCUGCUCAGUGGCAUAUUGCGGAAGCGAUGCGGGCACAGAGUUGCCGGUUUGCUCUUUGCAACUGCUUGUAUGGACACAAUGACCAUCACAGUGGCCAUACCCACGUCCUACGGAUUUGCGAAACACCUCGGUUUGGGAGCAGGAGUUUCAGGCUUGCUGCUAAGCGCUCCUUUUCUCCUGUACAUCAUUGGCUCGCUGCUGACGAGACGCUUGGUGCAGCCUUGGGAUCAAUGGUUUAUCUACCGCGUG